AUGAAUAUGGGAAACAAUGCUAAAGAAUGUCCUUUGUGCCUGGAAGUGCUAGAAGAGUGCGAUUUGGCAUUCUUUCCGUGUGCAUGUAACCACCAGGUAUGUCGAUUUUGUUGGCACACACUUAGAACAGAUGGUGAAGGAUUAUGUCCACAAUGUUGGAAAACUUAUCCUGAGAACCCUGAAAAUUUUACUUCUUUAUCACAAGAUGAAAUAGCCGUUCUAAAAGGCACAAAAAGACAUCAAGAACAACAGCGUAAUUUAAGAAUUCUUGAAAAUCAAAAAUAUCUGGCUAAUCUUCGAGUGUUACGAAAAAACUUAGUUUACGCUAUUAGUAUCCCGAAUAGCUUAGCAUAUCCAAAUAUAUUGAUGAGGUACAAGUAUUUCGGAAAAUAUGGAAAAUUUUUAAAUAUUGUUAUUAUCGAUGUUGCAUAUGCAGGGACAAAGCAUUUUACCUCUAAUGCAUAUAUUACUUAUAGUCAUGAUGAUGAUGGUUUGAGAGCAAUUCAAGCUGUUAAUUAUACUCUAGCAGAGGGGAGAUUUAUUAAGACGCAAAUGGGAACUUCUAAGUAUUGUACCCAUUUCGUGAAGAAUUUACCAUGCCUUAAACAAGACUGCUACUAUAUUCAUAAAUUCGAUCCCGAAGCCAGUUUUACAAAAGAAGAAUUACUUCUUGGUAAACACCUAGAGUAUGAAAAAAAAGUGUUUGAUACAUUAAAUCAGAAAACUGCAGCUAUGUACUUUAAUAGUACUAGUCCAGAAAUAUCCCAAAAGCUAUUAUUUAUAAGGAACAAUAGAUGUAGUGCAUAUCACAAUCAAACUUUUAAUCAUUUUGAUCAUUCUCAUCCACAAGAAAAUAUAGAAUAUUAUAAUUCUAUGUCUAAUACUCGAAGAGAAUCUGACAACAUAGCACAAUCAUACGAACAAUUUUCUAAUCAUUCAGCAUGCUUUGAAUCUAAUCAGCAUUUACGCGCAACAUCAGAUGAUGAUCUUGAUUUUGAUCCCUUCGACGAGGGUCAAAAAGCAAAUAAAUCAAUGGAUAAUGAAAUGAAUCUUCAAGAAAAUUAUAAUCUAGAAUAUGAAAAAUAUAAAAAGAAUCUUAGUCAUAAAAUUCAUUUGCCUUUAAGUAGCAUUUUAAAAAUAAAUGUUUUUGACAUUUGGGUACCCCCAGAACCAAAAGAAAAUGUCGAAUCUGGAUCUUAUUUCAAUGUAAACAAUACGUCAUCUGCUAAGUGGGAUUCCAUGAUAUAUCAGCAACAAAUUCCAAAUUCUACACCACAACAGCAGAAAUACGGAAAAAAUAUAGGCAUGGCUUAUGACUGGGCAAAAGUGAACUCAGCCAGUGCCAGAAAUUCUGAAACAUUUGACCAUAGCUCAAUUGGAGUACAUUAUACAAAUAAUAUUAGACAAAGAUCAGUGAAUGAUAAUAGCAAUAUAAGCCAACACGCUGCAAAUCCAAUAGACGACGUUUAUGUUCCAUGCUCAACAAAUGCGCAAUUGGGAUAUUUUCCAGCUCCAGUGGGAACACCUCGGCAUGCAAAUAUGAUUCCAUAUACUGAUUCGUACAAUAUUGUUCAUCGUCCUAUCGAUAUCUCUAUGCCCAUGCCUAAGUCUAUACAAAAUCAGUGGCAUCCGUUCCAGAAUAUACCACCAGCUAAUGGUAGUGGACAAAAGUGGUGGCAUUAUUAA